CCGCGGCUGCCGUGCGGUUCAUGCUUUCGAGUGAGACUGGACGGAGCUUGGACUGUAACGAAGAGCAGCUGCAGCAGCUCCAGCCAGGGCAAACCGAGCCAUGAGCAGCUGCCGCGAUUCUCCGGCUGCUUCCCCGGACUUGCACGCCUGGCUGGCCUCCUCAGGGGAUGCCUGGUAGGAAAGAGGAUGAGAAAAAGCAGGAUCUGCCGGAUGGUCCUGGCCACUUGUCUGGGCUCUUUGCUCCUGGUGGUCUUCUACUUCCAGAGCAGCCUGAACCCAGCUGCAGAGGACAGGAUUCUGAAGGUUAGCUGGCAUGACAAGUCUGGUCGAAGUCCUCUUCAGACUCUUUAUGAUAUCGACAAGGUUGAGCUGACAUCCCUACAAGCUACUCACCAACAGAGGCGAGACCUUCUAAGUGGAGUGUGUAAUCGCUACACCCGCAAGCGACGCCUCCUGACUUCUGAUGACUUGCGCCACUUGGUCGUUGAUGAUGUUCAUGGUCUGCUUUAUUGCUAUGUCCCUAAGGUGGCCUGCACUAACUGGAAGCGAGUCAUGAUGGUCUUGACGGGGCAUGGCAAGUACCAGGACCCUUUGGACAUCCCAGCCAACGAGGCUCAUGUAUCCUCCAACCUGCGCACUCUCUCUGAGUACAGCACUCCUGAGAUCAACUACCGCUUGCGUAACUACCUCAAGUUCAUCUUUGUGCGGGAACCUCUCGAACGGCUGGUCUCGGCCUAUCGCAACAAGUUCACUCGUAGCUACAACACAGCAUUCCACAAGCGAUACGGGACCAAGAUCAUUCAGCGGCAUCGGCAAGACCCUAGUGAAGAGGCCAUGGAGCGUGGCCACGAUGUGCGUUUUGAGGAGUUUGUGUACUACCUGCUAGAUCCACAGACACAGCAUGAGGAGCCUUUCAAUGAGCACUGGGAGAGGGUGCAUUCCCUUUGCCACCCCUGCAUCAUCCACUAUGAUGUAAUAGGCAAGUAUGAGACAUUGACCGAGGAUGCCAACUACAUCCUGCGAAUGAUCGAGGCUGACGCAGGCGUCAAAUUCCCAUCUUCCUCCAAGACCACCAGGACCAAUGAUGACAUGACAGCUAAGUUCUUUCAGAACAUUAGCCCCUUUUACCAAAGGAGACUUUUUAAUUUAUACAAAAUGGAUUACUUGCUCUUCAACUACUCCAUUCCUUCUUAUUUACGCAUCCGGUGAGGCUGGUUACAAGAGACCCUGCCCUUCCUUCUCCAUUUUGGACUUCUGCUGUCAACCAGUGAGCAAAAGCAGGAGUUGCUUAUCCAUUCCCACUCUCAGUGCUGUGGACAAUAUGGCAUGAUUCCAGUUUAUUAACAUAGCAGCUAUAGUUUCAUAUCUUUCUCUUUUCCAAGUUAAGGAAACUACUACUGUUUAAUUGUACUUCCUCCUGUUUCUCAACCAAAGAAAGCUAUUUCCAGAAUAUACUGGAGUUGUGGCCUUUUGUGAGGAGGUGGGGUGGGUGGAGUCAGUCAGGAACAAUCUGGAAAGCAAUAAAAAGUAUGUGUUUUUAGUGUGUUUAAAAUUCCUUUGAACCUCUCUCUCGAACAUCAACGAAAAUAGAAUGUGAGCCACCAAAAAGUGUCUUACUGUGAACAGUGUCAUAGUAUGAACAAGGAUUUUCUAUGAAACAAAGCCUAUUUCAUCUCCCUUCCACUACCUCUCAGCUGACAUUUGAUAGAGCUGGGCACCUCUUAGACCUCAUUCCCCUGCAAAUUCCAUUGACAUGACUAGAAAUUCCACUGGAGCAGUGCUUAGUCGAUUGCCCACUUGGCAUCUGUGUGUACGUGCACUUGUGUGCAUCAGUAGUCUAGCCAAGAGAAACAACAAAUGAUUUUCUUCAGUCCUUUUUUUUUUGUAAAGAACAUAUAUUGGAUUGGAUUGUUGUGGCCUGCUGUUUUUACCAAGCCCAGCAGAAUGUGGGCUAAAUCUGCAGAACAAGGUCCAUUUUAAAUGCUAGGGGUGGGCUGAGGCAAGUGAGUUUCAAAACACCUGCAGGCAGAGAGGGUCAUCCAUUUUCUCCAUUACCAACUUAGGGAAGACCAUUGAACCGCUUGAUACCUUUGGAUCCCAUCACCCUCCAGCUCUGCUAAUGGGAUCUCUGUUCUCCAUGCAGAAGUACACAGGGCAGAUCCCACACAUCCAGCCUGUUUAUUUUCUGAAAAUGUGCACUUGCAUUUGUUUCCUUUCUCUCUUAGCACCACAGAGGAUGAAAAACAAGCACCUCCAGGGUGACAGCAACCAUUGUUUGUUUUCCUUGAAACCUUUGUUUUCUUUACCAUUAUUGUCUUUGGUUGGGGAUAGACUUCCUCCAGAUUGUAUUCAUGUCAACUGCAUUUAGAAAGAGCCAGGUGACUAGCCCUCAUCUGGAGAGAAGGGAUCACUGACCUAGGGAAGAAGGAAGGUCUUUUGGCUUUCUAGCAGCAGCUGGUAGAAGAAGAGCACAGCACUUAGAACAGGGCUGCCCUGCUUUGUGUGUGCCCUACCCCUGGAUGACCUUCCCUUCCAUUAAACUAGGGUUUGUCCCUAAUGGUGGAACAUUGCCACAUAAUAAGAGCUGAGUUAGAUUGGGUCCAUCUAGUCCAGCAUCCUGUUUCACAUCGCAGACAACCAGUUAACCUGGAGGGCCAACAAACAGGGCACAGAGACCAAGGCCUUCCCCGAUGCAUCUUAGCACUGGCUUCAGAGGUUUAUAUGAAUAUGAAGGUUCCCUUUACUAACCAUAGUUGAUAGGCAUUGAUUGACCCAUCCUCUAUGCAUCUGUCUUAACCCCCUUUUAAAACCAGUCGUUGCUUCUCACCCAAAGAAGCUGCCUUCUUAUGUAUGGGCCAAAUCUGGCAGGCAUUUCUGUUUAUUUUUUGGGAAGCACUUUGGAGUCCUGGGGAAGAGAAUGCACUCUAGAAAUAGGAAAAUAGGAAACUUUAAGCAGCGAUCAUGUGGGAUUUGGAGGCAUGGUGGAGUGUGUGAAAGUGGGUGCGGUGCGUUUGUGGGAAAAGACGGCCUUAUUGGUAAGCCCUUGCCAGGCUGCCAAGCUUUGUAGCAAUUGUACUUGAAGCAUCAGUCUUGAAACUGUAAAUCUGAAUUGGUCCAGAGGGCCAGUUUUGCUUAAAUAAAGCCUGUCUUUCC